UCUUGUCGCCGCGAACCAUCCAACGUCGACGCGUGGCGGAUGUCGCAGGCUCCGGGCAGGGCACUCUCGGGAGCCCACACGAUCCAAGACACUUUGAAACACCCUCCACCGUACCCCCCCUUCUCUCUCAAUCUCUCUCUCGUCGUCGUCUUCAUUUCUACGGGAGUUGAUCAAGCGACGGUCUCUCUUCUAUUUCUCCAUGAUCGAUGAAACACCGAUGUCUGAUCACAGGAAGAUCCUCUCAGAGGGCUAUUUCGUGGUCUGACCGAUAGAUUUCGCAUGUUUUCUUGGGCAAAACCUGAUCUUUGAUCCGAAAUAGGUGAGAAUACGCGCGAUUUUGGGGUAAAAGUUGGGUCUUUCGUCGUGUCCGUUUCUUUCGAUCGAUGAAGAGGUUUUGGCUGGGGCACAACGAUGUCCGAGGAAUUGUCAUGAGGCGUUAUCAUGGCUUCUUCGGUGGAUUUCCCGAGUGUUUUUGUGGCAAAAUUUGAACUUUGAUCCGAAACCUUGUUGAGAUCCGGCGUCAUAAAGGAAUACGCUGGUGUUCCUUGUUGGUUCUCCAUGGAGGAGGAGGAGGAGGUCUCGUCUCCGGUACAGUGCUGCCCGAGGGAUUUCCUGAGGCGUUUCGGGAGUGGUGGCGGAGAGGAGCUGACGGAGGCCAAGAGGGGAGAGCCCUCCGAGGUGGAGCACAGCCUCGGCCUCUCGUUGGGCGGUUGCUCCGGGAACGAGCCCAACGAUAGGUGCACGGCCUCCGUGUUCCCUCUCCGGAAGGCCCUCCCUGAGGCUGAGGCGGCGGCGGCGGUGCCUGCGGAUGCCGAGGAGCAGAGGAAGAGGAAGCGAAAGGAGCUGCAGAGCCAGAAGAGGACGAGGUCGGAGAAGAGAGACAGGAAAGGUGAUAUUUUGGACGAGGAGAUGGAGGACGGGCCGAGGCCAUCUGCGGCGGCGAAUGGCGUCGUUCCGCCGGCAUUGGCGACGAAGCCCAGAGCUGGAAUGGUCGACGGUUCCAAGUGCUUCAGGCCGGAAACGCAAGCAUCCAUCGGAUCUCAGGGGAGCGGCUGCUCCGGCGUCUCCGAGUUCAACUGCGGGGCAAAGCAAGGCAUAGAGGAAAGCAAACCCACGAAAGCAGUCAAUGCUACUGCGAUGAAUGCUGGAAGGGUGAUGGGAGACACGAAAGAGGUAGAGAGGGACAUGAUGCCAUGCGUCUCUGCUACGGGAGAUGGACCAAAUGGAACAAGGAUCGAAGGGUUCCUCUACAAGUACAGGAAAGGGGAGGAUGUAAGGAUCGUGUGCGUGUGCCAUGGCAGAUUCUUCACCCCUGCUGAGUUCGUCAAGCACGCCGGAGGUGGAGAUGUGGCGCACCCACUCAGACACAUUGUGGUCAACCCCUUCCCCUCGGCAUUCCUGUAAUGGGUUGGUCUUUUAAGACCCUUCUCGUCUUCCAUGGCCAUGGUGAGCGAGCAGAUCUUUUAUCUUCCUUCUCCCUUUUGUUAUCAAUUGAACUGCUCUCAUUUGUGAGCUUCUUCUCUCUUACCAAGGUGUAAGUUAAGAUUUCAAGCCACCAA